AUGAUCAAGGAUUUUGACUUCCAGCAUGGAGAUCUAGUCUUGGUUCAGCAUACGCAGAUCGAGAAGGCACUCAAUCGGAAAAUGAGACUGCACUAUAUUGGGCCUUAUAUUGUGCUGUUUCACAAUCGGGGAGGAGCAUACGUGCUCUCAAGGAAGAAGAUUACGAUUGCGGAAGAAAUGUUGGACGCAUCGGAAACCAGAUUGAAGGAGAUGCACCAGUCGGACGACCAAGAAGAAGAGGAAUCAGAUGGAAAACAAGAAGAUGAGGAGUCAGGAGAUGAAGACGAAGGACCGCAAAACCAGUACGAUGCAAACGAGUUGGAAAAGGCAAGCAUAGGGAUCCGAACUAAUUAUUCAAUUAUAUAUAAGCAAGGACUCAGCUAG